AUUUAGAAAAUAAAAAUAUUAUUAAUUCAACAGUAUUCAUUGAUCUUCAACAAUGGAUAAUAACAAUUUUAAAAUCAAUAAAACAACCAUUGAAACAAGAUAAUGAUUAUCCAUAA